CCUCCUCCUCCUCUUCUGUUCACUCUCUUACUACGCUCAGUAGUGGAGCAGAGGAGAGAGAGAGAGAGAGAGAGAGAGCGCGCUUAAACCCUUUUUAUCUCCAUCUCUUUCUACUCUUCUUCGUUCUUGUUGUUUUCUUUUUUUUGUUUUUUGCUAAUUUUGCUUUUAACUUUUUAAUCGGCUGAUGACUAUUACCCCGACGUGUCAUUCCACUAUCUCCAUGCCCGCCACUAAUUAGCUCCACGCCAAUCCUAUUCCUAUCCCUAACCCUAACCCUAACCCUAACCCUAGCUUCAAUCUCUUUUAAAGCUACCAUUCAGCUUUCCCCUUCUCCUUCUUCUGCUUCUCCUCGUCGGGGGUUGGAGCGACGAGGAUGGGGAUCGAUCUCAACACGGUGGAGGAGGAGGAAGACGACGAGGCCGCGGAGCCGGAGCACGGCGGCGGCGCUCCGAUCGCGGCGCCUCAGGCGGCGGCGGCGGCGGAGGGGGGGUUUCCGGCGGGGUCGGUGUGCCUGGAGCUGUGGCACGCGUGCGCGGGGCGGUCGAUCGCGCUGCCGAGGAAGGGGAGCGUGGUGGUCUACUUGCCGCAGGGGCAUCUCGAGCAUUUCGGCGGAGGCGGCGGGGGGAUCGGGCGCUGCAACGUGCCGCCGCAUGUGUUUUGUCGAGUGAUCGAUGUUAAGCUCCAUGCUGAUCCUGCUACAGAUGAGGUUUAUGCGCAGCUCUCUCUCGUCGCAGAAAGUGAGGAGUUUGGGCAACAGCUUCUUGAAGGUGGGAUGAUUGAUGUGGAAUGCGAAAAUGAUGAAGCCGAGAAAGAACGAUGUUCGUCAACGCGUCAUAUGUUUUGCAAGACACUGACGGCUUCGGACACGAGCACCCAUGGAGGCUUCUCUGUUCCUCGCCGAGCUGCAGAAGACUGCUUCCCGCAGCUGGAUUAUAAGCUGCAGAGGCCUUCUCAAGAACUUAUUGCAAAGGAUUUGCAUGGUGUGGACUGGAGGUUUCGCCAUAUCUAUAGAGGUCAACCACGGAGGCAUCUUUUAACUACAGGGUGGAGUUCCUUUGUUAACAGAAAGAAGCUUGUCUCAGGGGAUGCAGUGCUCUUUAUUCGAGGUGAAGAUGGCGUGUUGAGAUUGGGAAUAAGGAGAGCUGCUCAGCUAAGAAAUGGAAGUCCGUUUGUAGCUCUUUAUAGCCAAAAUUCAGUUCUUAGCACACUGACUACUGUGGCCAAUGCGGUCUCAACAAAGAGUGGCUUCCACAUUUAUUACAAUCCGAGGGCAAGCUCGUCAGAAUUUAUUGUGCCAUAUUGGAAGUUUAUGAAGAGCUUUAGUCAUGCAUUUUCAGUUGGAAUGAGGUUCAAGACGCGAUAUGAAAGUGAAGACUCCGCAGAGAGAAGGUGUACAGGAUUGGUAACUGGGAUUGGUGACAUGGACCCUUUGAGAUGGCCAGGUUCAAAAUGGAGAUGUCUAUUGGUAAGAUGGGACGAUAAGGUGGAUUGCAGUCGACAAAAUAGGGUUUCUCCAUGGGAGAUUGAGCCAAUCGGCUCGGUUUCUGGCUCUCACAGUCUCUCAGCAUCCAGUUCCAAAAGAAUCAAAAUAUGCCUUCCCACAAUUAAUCCCGAUUUCCCUGUUCCAAAUGGAGUUGAUUCUACGGAACCUGGGGAAUAUGCAAGGUUCCACAAGGUCUUGCAAGGUCAAGAAUUUAUGGGCUUUAAAGCCCGCAAUGCUGUCAGUCUCUCAUCUUCUCAGUUGAACAUGGAGAGAUGCUCCACUGAUAGGAGUGGCUGCUCAUUAGCUUCUCUGAGAAGUGCUUUUGGAGUUCCGGUUGCGAACUCUAAUUUUACCCGCCAGUGCGCAGGCUUUGGUGAAUCAAUUCGAUUCGAUAAGGUCUUGCAAGGUCAAGAAUUUCCGUCUCUUCCUCCUUUCAAAGGAGGUUCAGUUGAUGCUUACUCAAGAAAUGGUGGUUUUGAUGCAUUCAAUGGUGAGUAUGCAUCUGGAACAAAUAGAUGGUCUGGGCCAGUUCAUGUAUAUGCCUCUUUUGCUCAACCAUCUACCCCACCAUCUCAAGCAUCAUCUCCCUCUUCUGUGCUAAUGUUUAAACAAGCGAAUUAUAGAAUUCCUCACCAUCAAAUAGUGCAUAGAGGGGCUAAAGAUAAAGAUGUUAGCCAACUUGAUAGUCUUAAUCCUUCGGGAACUUUCAGAGGGCUAUCCCUGCUUAUUGAUGAGCACUUUGAAAUGGGAAAAGUCCAAGAUACCGUGAAUGUUGCCAGGCCAUUGAAUAACAAGAAAAUUGAUACAAACGAUUGCAAAUUAUUCGGUUUUUCCUUAAGCAAGAGGACUCCUGUGACUGUUGAAACGGAGUUUGCAACUUCGAAGGAACAUAUGCUGAAAUCACCAAGGCGUGGUUUUACUACAGUUUGCAAGCAAGGGAGUAUAGUAGAUAGGGUAAUCGAUCUUUCAAAGUUUGAUGGGUAUGAUGAUCUGAUCUCCGAGCUGGAACGGUUGUUCAAUAUGGAAGGAAUGUUGAGUGAUCCGAACAACAAAUGGCAUGUUGUGUAUACUGAUGAUGAAGAUGAAAUGAUGCUGGUAGGGGAUGAUCCUUGGCAGGAGUUCUGCAGUAUUGCUUCUAAACUACUUAUUUGCACUGGAGAUGAAGGAAAUAUGGUAGCAUGCCGAGUGAAAGUGCCUGAAAUUGGUCAAAUGAAUUACCUUUUGCCCUCGAUGUCUACUUGAAUGUAAUCCUUGUUAACCUUCUAGUUUAAACUUCGACUUAAUAUAAACUAGUUUGCUGCUUUAUGUUUCUACAUAUGCAUAUCUGUAUCUCUAUCAGUGCUUCCCAUAUUACCAAACAGCUGGGGUUAAGAACUUCAAAUAUGAAUUCUUUUCCUGUGGGGAGCUUGCUGAUGUACCUUGUACCGAUGUUACGAAUCACGCUAUGGUAGUCGUAUUGCAAUUCACUGCAUUAUUUUGUAGUUGAUAUGUUUUUCUAAUGAUGGUUCUCUCUAGAUCUAAUCAACUU